CACAGAGAGAGACAGAGAGAGAGAGACACACACACAGAGAGAGAGAGAGAGAGAGAGCAUCAUCGUCAUCAUCAUCCAGCGGAGGACAAAGACACAGAAAUGGGUCACAGGAGCGGCUGAAUCGCGCACGGAUCUCAUGGGGAUGAACGUUCUGUCUGCUGGAGAUACAGAGAGAGUGUGUUUGUACCGUGAACCCAAUCGAAUGGAGAUCAGCGUUCACACACCACACAUCGGACUGUAAGGAAUAUUCACUUUUCUCCAUCAUCACCUCUUCUCUCCCGCGACUCAUGUGGGCCUCCGUCCUGCUCACGUGCGUCCUGCUACACACCUGCAGCGGCGCGUCAGACACCGAUAAAGAGACGUGCUACUCCAGACAACAUCGAGAUGUCAUCGUUGAUGUGCGUUUUGCGCUGGCCAAUAAUGGGACCAUUAUGAGCCCUCGAGAGAAGCCAUCAGAGAAAGACUGUAUCCUGUCAUGCUGUUCAGAAGACGUGACCCCAGGUGUGAAAUGUAACCUGGUUGUGUAUAAGCCUCCAGAGGACUCUAGCGGUGAGAACUGCAUCUUCUUUCACUGUCCCAGCGAGCAGGACUGUCCUCUCAUGGUGGCUAAAGCUGGAAUCAACACCUACAACAUUUUCAAGGGUUUGACUCAUCCAGCAACUAAAGUAAAUGGCAGAACAACAGCCAAACUAACAACAACCACGACAACACCAACACCAACAACAACCACAACAACACCUACAACAACAACAACGAUAACAACAACAACAACAUCAACAACAAAACCAACAACAACCACAACACCACCACCAACGACACAAACAACGACCACAACGACAACAACAACCCUGACAACACCAGCAACAACAAAUACCACAAACACCCCAGAAAGCACUGAAGGAACAUUCACUGAGUCAGCCAUUAUUUUGGUAACCAUGGCGAUGACCCCACCCACUACCACAACAACAACAACUACCACUCAGUCCACCACUACGACCACCACAACACCUUCUACAACAAAAAGAAGCACAAGCACCACCAGCACGAAGGCCCCACGCGCCCCUCAGCAUCCUCCUGUCAAAACCAACAGACCCAAAAAACCCAGCAAGCCUUUGAGGGGACCAGAACCACAUGUGGUUAAACCCGUCAAAGUGACAAAAAUGCCUACAACACAACCGAUCACCACGACUACCACACAGAAACCGACAACUACAACUACCACGACAACGGUACCCACGACGACCACGACGACAGCACCUGCUGCCACUGAACGCACAACUGCAGUGGUGCUUGAAAUUGAGAAUGAUUCCAAGGAAAGAUCUCUGGAUCGGGAUUCUCUGGUGCCUCCUGUGCUCGGCUCUGCUCCAGGGAAGCCCAAAGUCUCUCGGAUGAUGUGGAAGAACAGUCUGGUGGCUAUCGUGGUGAUCACUUUGGUCUUCCUCGUUCUCAUUCUGGCUUUGGUGGCUCGUAAAGCGAUGGAGUCCUUCGACAGACGCCACUAUACGAGACUGGAACUCAACGACCUUCAUUAUGAAAUAUAAAAAUCAAGACACGGACCAAGAGACAAUCCAAUCAGUUCUUCUUUAGGGAAACACGUUUUCCUGCUAACUUAUGGAGGAAAGCGCUGUAUUUUAACAUCCUGUGUGUUUGAAUUCUACAGUCAGACACUGAACAAGUAAAUGUUUGGACGGGGAGAGAAUAAAGGUGAAAAAUGAUGAAAAAUAAAAAGCAAUACAUUGAACUCAGGAAGCAGCAAAUUCUGGAAUUAAAGGGUGAAAUAUUCAUUGUAAGAUGUUUCUUUGGCCUCAUAUAUGGUUGCUGAUAUUUUCAUGAAACAAAACCAGAAGUGUUUCCCAAUAUCAAGGACUGCAAGAAAUGUCUUUUAGUGUGUGCAGUAUGAAAGAGGACUUCAUUUAAAUUCUGUUGUGUUGUAAGAGCCACUUCACAUCUCAUUCAGCACUGUAAAUAAGUGCAGUUGCCAUCGUCCAUUGACUGUAAUUCAGUGUGCACCGCUGAUAUUGUGGCUGUUUAUUUUAUUGUGUUUUACUCUUCAGUCUUCACAGCUUUUGCACAAUCCAGAGCUUGCUCACUAAUGGAUGCAAUUCUUAUUGUUUAUUUUAAAAGGCACUGUAUGAUUUUAAAUGACUGAUCUUUUCUUAUGCAUUUCACAAUUUCAGACUUGUAAUUGUAUGAGUGGCGUUGGGUGUACAUGAACAUUUGUAAUUCACGGCAGAAAAUUGCAAGAUUAUAUUCAUGCUGCCAGUUUUUUUCCUCACAUGGGUGUGUGUUAAUUGUUGACCACGUGAUAGCAUCAGAACAUUGAUCAGCAGCAUGCAACACAUUACACCAAUCUAAAAUAUUCAUUCAGUUACUUUUUCUCUUGAACUGCUUCGGUAUUUUCUUGUAUCUAUAAGUUGUUGGUAAGUUUUGAGCUGUGGCUUUUACAGACAAUUUGAGAUUCGUGUGAUUUUUUUUGUCUUGCAAGAAAUAAAA